AUGAAACUUUGUGCUCUCUUUGCUGGAGCCGUUAUCUCAACCUCGGCGGUGGCGGCAAGUUGGGAAUACGCAUGGCCGGAGGAAUGGCACCAGGAAUGGCCUCUCGACGAGCAAGGACCCGAUGCAUGGUCCAGCAGCGAGUGUACCGUGAGCCGGCUGGACGCCUUCGAAAUGGAGAAGGGUCGAAAGCCCGUCUUCUUCUCGACGGACCCGCUGGACGACCCGGAGGCGCCCAAGAUGCUGCCGCUUAACUCGACCGGCGGCGAGCAAUGGGAGUUUGACGGCGUCUCGGAGGACGGCCAGAUGGCCUUUUGUUUCGGAUUCUACCGCGACCCCAACUACGCCAUCCUCGGCACGGGGAACCUCCGGCUAUCCGCCGAGUUCUCGCGCCCCAACAAGACGCGCUUCGUGCGCGUCGACUAUCCGAGCAGCUCCACGGUGACGAGUUGCCCCUGGGGCACGCGCGGCGUCUGGAAAGGGGCCGACUACAGCUACACAUUUGAAGUUACGCGCGACAUCAAGGUGGCGCGCAUCGGCGUUGACGCCCCUGAUCUUAAAGGCUCCGUGGUCAUGCGAUCGGUCAUGCCGCCGCGGUAUCCGGACGGCUCUACGUACCCGAACAAGGAGGCCUCGACCGAAGUAGUGCCGUAUUUCCGCUGGCUCGAGGCAAUCCCCGCGGCUGACGUGCGCGUCGACGUCGUCAUGGAUGGCCAACCGUACCGGUGGAGCGGCCUCGGCGGCCACGAGAGGCUGUGGACCGCUUUCAGCUGGUUCACCUGUCUGCAGGCCAUGACCGCCGUGCGCGUCAAGGCGGGUCCCUUUGCUGCGGUGCACGGCAGCUUCGUGUCGGCAAUAGAUAAGGGCUUGUACCGGCCAUCCACGGUGCUCGCUGAGAACGACGAGGUAAUUUUCUCCACCACGCUCCACGAGCCGUCCGACACGGAGGACUACGCCGUGUUUACCAAGACGUACGGCGGGCGAGUCUCGGGCAACCUGAAAGAGAAGGCGACGGGUUAUGAGCUGGUCAUGGUCUCGCCCUCAGCCAAAAAGCAGUGGAGCUUUAGCAUCACGAACGAGGCCAUCGGAUUCGAGUAUAUGCUGGGAGAGGGCGUGGGGGGGACGGGAUUCUCCGGCCGCGCGGUCGGUGGCUCCAUUGGGCUCAAGCAGUAUUUUGGGCCUUCGUUUGCUGAAACUCUGGAAUUUCCCAAGAGGUCGUACCUGUUCAAGUCGAAUUACGUCGACGCGGUGCCGGAGGAGAAAGGGGAGCUGUAG